AUGCAUCUCCAACAUGCCCUCGUUGCUCUCGUUUUCUCCCUCUCCCUCCCUGUCGCAUCCGUCGCUACCUCUGAAUUCGACAGCGAGUGCUUCUCCGACCCUGGUACCCUCGAAAACCAGGGCAGCUACAACUACCAAUCCCCGGGGUACUGCCAGGCUCAAUGCCGGAAGGGCCACUUCACCGUCGCAGCGCUGAGCAAGGGAAAAGAUUGCUGGUGCGGACAUGACAUGCCUCCCAAAGACAAGCGGGUCAAGGACAGCAAGUGCAAUGUCGCCUGUGCGGGAUGGCCCGCGGAUAAAUGUGGCGGCCACGACACCUGGAGUGUUUUCUCAACCGGUGACGCAGAAAGCGGCAUUUCCAAUAAUGACCCCAUCAGUGCGUCGACCGCUGCAGGCGGUAUUGUCGUCGCGCCCACGGGCGCCACAGCCACUGUACCCAACAAUAUCCUCACAGCGCCCGCUCCCGCGAAGACAACAGCUGCCACUGCGUCCGUCUCUGCCGCUGCCUCAUCCUCCAGGGCUAUGUCAUCCUCCAGGGCAACGACCACGGUGACGCCGGCCAAUUCAGCGGAUACAGUCCGCCCCGGAUCAUCGGUGCUCUGGGCUGCAUUUGCGGCGUUGGGGUUGCUGCUGUGA